UCUCUCGUCUUCUCUUCUGAGCUGAGCUGAAAAAAUUCGCUGAAUGCCUCUCCCAUCCAAAGCCCUAAAAUCCCCAAUUCCCUUAUACGCCAAUGGACAUUCCUUCAAGUCCCAUCCAAAACCCGGGUUUAUUCAUUUCUAUCUCAAUCGCCGCCUCGCCAACCCCAACCUCAACCCUUCCAACGUUAUCGCAUGCAAAGGCCUCGAAAUCGCCGUUCCUAAACCCGUGUCUCCGUCGACGGGUUCCAAGUUGACUAGCGUGGGAGCGAAACACGUGGACGUUGCAACACUCGGUAAUCUCUGCGUCGACAUCGUACUCAAUGUCCCACAGUUACCCCCUUCCUCGCUCCACCAACGUAAGGCUCUCAUGGAACGCUUGGCUUCCUCUCCACCUGAUAAGAAAUAUUGGGAAGCUGGUGGGAACUGCAAUAUGGCUAUAGCAGCUGCAAGGCUAGGACUUACUUGCGUAUCAAUUGGUCACGUGGGUAAUGAAAUAUAUGGGAAGUUUCUGUCAGAUGUGCUUCAUGAUGAGGGCAUUGGUAUGGUUGGGAUGAGUACUAGUGAUGAUAUUGUCAACAGCCCUAGUGCCUCUCAUGAAACGCUCCUAUGCUGGGUUCUUGUUGAUCCCUUACAAAAACAUGGUUUUUGCAGUCGAAUGGAUUUUAGCAAGGAGCCUGCAUUUCAUUGGAUGAGUAAAGUGUCCAGAGAAGUAAAAAUAGCUAUUAAAAAUUCAAAGGUCAUGUUCUGUAAUGGAUAUGGCUUUGAUGAGCUCCCUCCUGGUGUACUUCUCUCAUCACUGCAAUAUGCUAUUGAAGUUGGCACAUCAAUCUUCUUUGAUCCUGGACCGCGUGGAAAGAGUCUCUCCACUGGGACCCCAGAAGAACAAAGAGCUCUUAACCAGUUUUUGAGAAUGAGUGACGUUCUUCUUCUAACUUCAGAUGAGGCUGAGUCGUUAACUGGCAUAGGAGAUCCAAUAUUAGCUGGGCAGGAGUUGCUUAAAAGAGGGAUCCGCACAAAAUGGGUGAUUGUAAAAAUGGGUUCUAGGGGUUCAAUUCUAAUAACUGCAUCAAGUAUAGCUUGUGCACCUGCAUUCAAGGUGGAUGUUAUUGACACUGUUGGGUGUGGAGACAGUUUUGUAGCUGCCAUUGCUUAUGGUUUUAUACAUAAUAUGCCAAUGGUUAAUACAUUAGCAAUUGCAAAUGCAGUGGGUGCUGCAACAGCCAUGGGCUGUGGUGCUGGUAGGAAUGUAGCAACUCUGGAAAAGGUAGUAGAUAUAUUAAGAUCAUCAAACCUCAGCGAAGAUGGUGAAUUUUGGACUGACAUACUUGAAAAGAAUGUGGUAGCUCAGGAAAUAAUAUGUCUGUCAAAUGUUGUGAUGAACGGAAACAGAAACUAUCUCAACCUUGUCCCAUUUGACAAGGUUGCCUCUGACCUCUUGGCCAAUCUUGAAUUUCCACAAACAGUGGAGAAUGUGCCAACUUCAUAGAUUGUCGACUAUAGAUUGCUGCCACUGUUAUAUCCAUUCAUGUGAGCUAACUCUUCUCCUGAUUCUGUUGGAGUUCUUCGCUCCUUCAUCCUGUUAAAGUCUAAACUACACAUUAAGACAGCAGAGUUCUAUCUCCAGACAGGAUUACACUGCGAAAGGUAAUGAAAAGGCAUUGCUUUGAGCAAGUACAUGAAGUAGCUGCUCAUCAAGCAUUUUAACUGAUUUCUUUCAUUUCAGUCUCAACAUUAUUUCUUUGAUUUCAAAGGUAUUUUUACUCCCCGAACCAGUGAGGCGGAGCUUUUAUCCUCUGGUAGAUUCCAAUAUAUUUGCUUCAUUUUUGCAUGAAUGCUUCUCAAGCAGUGAUAUGUAAGUAUCUCCAUAUUGUGAUAGUUGAUUGAUGGCGUAGAGGGUAGGGCGGUCUGUAUGAAUUUCAAUAUUUUGAAUAUGGAUUACAAACACUAGUUUGUGAGGCUCUGAAAUAGUUGGUUUAUAUUUUUUCCUUUUUAUUUUUAAAUUUGUUGGUUAGACUUGGAUUCAGAGAUGUGAAUGAUAGUAUAUUUGGGCUUAUGCUUUUCUAAUAAAAGUAAAUUGAUAUUUUUAAAUUUUCUGUGAAAAUAUGAGGGAAAGCCUUGGAGUAGUGGUUAAGUUAUUCCUUAUGAUAAUGGAAAUGUCGUAUAUUAGGUAGUGUUGUGCAUUAAAAUUAAAAAU